AAGAAAAAAAUAAAUACUGUUAUCGAGCAACAUUUAUGACUUUCAUGUUCUUUUCAAUUUUAUUGAUUUAAGUGUUAUAAUGAAAGUCAAUACUGGAGUAAAACCUGUUAUUUCAAGUGAUGUUUUUAUAAAUUUCACGUGGUAUAUUGUAACGAAUGUGACUUUUGAUCUCAAGCACCACUAAUGAUCGUAGACAAGAUGCACUCCGUAAUAGCACUACGUCCUCGCGGCGAAUUAUCGACAGCGUGGUGGGUGACAGCCCUAGCGAUGUCACUAAUUACAGUAGGGACAGUGGGAGGCAAUGCUGCUGUACUCACUGCGCUGCGGCGAGUGCAGCGUGCGCCUGCGCAUUACCCGCUAGCGAGCCUGGCUACUGCUGAUCUGUUGCUCGGUCUACUGGUGCUGCCUAUAGCUGCGGCUAGAGAUUUGUUCGUGUUCCAUUUGAACUGGGCCAUUUGCUCAUGCUGGAGUACCCUGGACGUGCUCUGCUGCACAGCAUCGAUCCUGUCCAUCUGUACCCUGGGUUGGGAGCGCUGGUGCGGGAUCACCAACCCGUUCGCGCGCGCCAGACGAGCCCGCCGCGCUAGACUGCUGGCCGCAUUAGUAUGGCCUGUGUCUGUGUGUGUGGCGUUACCAACUGCGUUUAUACCAUCGCCGAAGCACUUCUUCCCAGGGGAGAUACCUAAGGCCUGCUCUGUUAAUACUAAUGUUGGCUAUGUAUUCUUCAGCAUGUCUCUGUCGUUCUACGUGCCGGCAAGCGUGAUGGUAUUUCUUUACUCGCGUAUAUUGCGCGCGUUGGCAUCGGCGCCGCAGAUCCGGGCACAUCGCGGCGGCACGCCUAGCAAGAGCGCUGUGAAAACGGCAGCUAAUGCAGCAUUAAGUAACGCUGUUUGCAGUUGUCCUGCAGCAGGACUGAACAACACGCAGCAAACAGACAAAUUGUACCAGUUAUCAAACGGUAAAAGCCUCCAUAUACCAUCAUCAUCAGACAAAACAUGUCCGGAGUCGCCACACAUAAACCCUACAUCCGCAGGAGGAAUUAUUUCCCGCCAACGCCGCGCCACUCGCACCAUAGUGAUGCUGAUGGCUUUGUUCUUGUUGUGCUGGACGCCGUUCUUUGUCAUGUUGCCUAUAGAUUCCCUGUGCGAAUGCGUCCGUGACGGCAUGUGGCAGCUGUGCACAUGGCUUGGGUACACCAACUCGGCGUUGAACCCGAUGGUGUACGCGGCGUCGUCGCCGGCACUGGGCCGCGCCCUGCACGCGUCGCUCACGAGCACCGCCUGCACUCGCUCCACCGACCUGCCUCUCACGCCACGACCGCGUCCGCGUGGGAACUGAUGUGAGUAUGGAAGGAGGUGCGAUAU